AGGGACUAUGACGCUAUUUGGAAAGUCGCCCGUCGUUUUUCACGUAUUGAGGUAAAAUGGCGGCGUGUAUGACAGCGAGCCGACGCGGGGAGCUUCUUAUUAAUAGCCAAAAUGAUUUGGUGCCGGAUUGGCGAAAACAAGAAGUCAGCACAGGGACCACCAUCAUGGCGGUGGAGUUUGAUGGUGGUGUGGUGAUUGGAGCUGACUCUCGUACAACCUCUGGAGCCUACAUUGCAAACAGGGUGACUGAUAAACUCACGCCCAUUCACGAACGUAUCUUCUGCUGCCGCUCCGGAUCUGCCGCAGACACUCAGGCCAUCGCCGACGCGGUCAGCUACCAGCUUGGCUUUCACAGUAUCGAGCUGGAUGAAGCCCCGCUGGUGCAGACUGCUGCGAAUCUGUUCAAGCACAUGUGCUACAGGUACAGAGAGGAGCUAAUGGCUGGGAUCAUCGUCGCAGGUUGGGACAAACGAAGAGGAGGACAGGUGUACACCGUGCCAAUGGGGGGGAUGUUGGUGAGGCAGCCCGUCUCUGUGGGCGGCUCCGGCAGCUCGUAUAUCUACGGCUUCGUCGACUCGAACUACAGGAGCGGGAUGACCAAAGAGGAGUGUUUACGCUUUACUGCUGAGGCUUUGGCUCUUGCUAUGGAAAGGGACGGUUCCUCUGGGGGCGUGGUCAGACUGGCGGCCAUUACGGAGACGGGGAUUGAGCGCAGCGUCAUUCUGGGGAAUCAGCUGCCCAAGUUUUCCACUGCCUGAAAUCUGUUUGUGGUUUAUAUUAGUAGUGGUUAUCCAUCCUGUAACUCAGACCUCUUUAUCUUUCAGUAUUCUAAUCUGUGAUCAAAUUGUCACCGCAUCCUCACACCACACUAACACACCGGACUGACCGCUGCAACAGGGUUUUUUUUUUUUGUUAUUGAAAUAAAAGACAGGAUCUGAUUGA